UGAUAGCCCAUCCCAUCAAAUAAAAUUCCUUCCUGCCCCGCUCUCCGUUCAUGGGGCUAUUGCCAUUCUGCUUGUGAAAGUUGUGCACGGUCUAUGCUCUUACCGCACUCAAAAGUGUUUCGCGGCUGCGGCAAUUAAUCGAACACCUGCUGGGUCUCGGCGCGAGAACUAAGGGGAGUAAAGCUGGUCCUGCCAGAGGAAGCAAGGGACACAGGCGGUGCCAUCGUCGAUAGUGAGCUUGAGAAACCUGUUAGGCUUAUGCUCCCUGGAAGUCACGACGCCGAGGACCUUAUCGCGUGACAGUGCGACGCCUCCGCGAGAGGGAGAUUGGAUCCGACGAGGAGAAAGAAGGGUUUUUCGUGAAAGAGAGUAGGUGCAGUUACUUGACCUUUUUUUCAUGCGCCAGGAGCAGCCAAGUAGCGCCACUUAACGUAGUCUGAAUUAUACAGAACUCUUGAGAGAUACUGAUGCAGAAGCUCUCCUUGAAUUCAGGCUUCCUUUCGAGUACCUUCUCGCGCGUUGUGCUAAAUUCAGUAUCUCCAUUGAUUCGUUUUCCAUCUAAAGUUCUAUUGUAGCGGUAUUUCAAGUACGUCUGGGUAGACAAUCGCUUGAGUCUAUAUUUGAAGAUGAUUACAAAGCAACUGGCAAAGAUGGUUGCGGGACCAAUUUGUUUCAAACGAACAGUAUAUACAUUGCCUCACCUCUCUGUGAGAAUAAAACAAACAGAAAAUGAGAUUGUAAGCAUGUUCCAAUUGUCAGUUCCUAGGGAAGAGGUGAAAAGGUUGCCUUGGAAUCAUAGGUUCUCAAAGAAGGAUCCCUCAGUUCGAUUAUUGGAUGAGAGAUUCAUAAGGAUUUUGAAAAUAUUCAAGUGGGGACCUGAUGCAGAAAAGGCUUUGGAAGUGCUAAAACUAAAAGUGGAUAAUCGAUUGGUCCGUGAGGUUCUGAAGAUAGAUGUGGAGAUCAAUGUCAAAAUUCAGUUUUUCAAGUGGGCUGGGAAGAGAAGAAACUUUGAGCAUGAUUCCACCACUUACAUGGCUUUAAUCCACUACUUGGAUGAAGCUGGACUAGUCGGAGAGUUGUGGAAGACAAUCCAAGAAAUGGUUCACAGUACAUGUAUUAUUGCACCGGCUGAGUUAUCCGAAAUUGUUAGGAUACUGGGCAGGGCCAAGAUGGUGAACAAGGCACUCUCCAUCUUUUACCAGAUCAAAAAUCGCAAGUGUAAACCAACAGCAAGCACAUACAAUUCUAUGAUUUUGAUGCUUAUGCAAGCAGGACAUCAUGAAAAAGUACACGAGCUCUAUAGUGAAAUGUGCAAUGAGGGUAACUGUUUUCCUGACACUGUGACAUACAGUGCUCUUAUAUCAGCAUUUGGGAAAUUAGGGCGUGAUGAUUCUGCCUUUAGGUUGUUUGAUGAGAUGAAGGAGAAUGGCCUAGUGCCCACUGCAAAGAUCUAUACCAUUUUAAUUGGAAUUUAUUUCAAUGCUGAUAGGGUUGAAAAAGCCUUGGAUCUAGUCCAGGAGAUGAAAGUAAGGGGCUGUGCUCCAACUGUCUUUACUUACACGGAGUUGAUUAAAGGGCUGGGGAGAGCUGGGAGGUUUGAAGAUGCCUAUAGCAUAUUCAUGAAUAUGCUAAAAGAGGGUUGUAAGCCUGAUGUUGUUUUGAUAAACAAUUUGAUAAACAUUUUUGGCAAAGCACGUAGACUUGAAGAUGCUCUUAAGCUUUUUAAUGACAUGGAGUGUUUUCAGUGUACACCAAAUGUGGUGACAUAUAACUCUAUAAUAAAGUCUAUAUUUGAUUCCAAAGCUCCUGCUUCAGAGGCAGCUUCUUGGUUUGAGAAGAUGAAGGCAAGUGGGGUUUCUCCAAGCUCAUUUACUUACUCAAUCCUUAUUGAUGGAUUUUGCAAAACAAACAGAGUUGAGAAAGCUUUGUUGUUACUUGAAGAAAUGGAUGAAAGGGGUUUUCCUCCUUGCCCAGCUGCCUAUUGCAGCCUGAUCAAUUCCCUUGGAAAGGCAAAACGGUAUGAAGCUGCAAAUGAAUUAUUUCUGGAGUUGAAAGAAAACUGUGGACAAUCAAGUGCCAGGGUAUAUGCUGUGAUGAUCAAACAUUUUGGAAAGUGUGGCCGUCUUGAUGAUGCUGUAGAGCUAUUCAACGAAAUGAAGAAGCUUGGAUGCAAUCCUGAUGUUUAUGCUUAUAAUGCUCUCAUGUCAGGGAUGGUUAGGGCUGGGAUGAUGGAUGAAGCUCAUGCCUUGUUUAGGACCAUGGAAGAAAAUGGUUGCAGUGCUGACCUAAACUCACUCAAUAUAAUUCUAAAUGGUUUAGCCAAGAUAGGUGGUCCAAAGCAAACAAUGAAGAUGCUUAUGAAGAUGAAGGAUUCUAACAUCAAGCCAGAUGCAGUUUCUUAUAAUACUGUUCUUGGCUGUCUUAGCCGAGCUGGUAUGUUUGAGGAGGCUGCAAAGUUGAUGAAAGAGAUGAAUGCAAAAGGUUUUGAAUAUGAUCUUAUUACUUACUCAUCAAUACUUGAGGCUGUCGGUAAAAUUGAUGAAGAUCGUAAUUCUACCACUGCAUGAAGGGACUUGAUAUGAAAGGAACCCGUGAUGAAGGUAUGCCGAGCCAGCUGAUCUUCUAGUGGAGCAAUAUCACAUCUGUUUCUUCUGGUUUUGUGUUGAUGCCUAUCCUUCAGAACUACUUGUGCCAGACCAGAACUAAGCUUGAAUUUUUUGGGUGGAACAGUGCUGUGAAUAGGUCACCUUCUGUCUUUUGUUAUUUUGACUUGGAAUGUGUUUCUUGAGAGCCUUAGGUUCUGGAAAAUGUGUGAAUUGGAUCCUGCAGAAGAAGCUGGCAUAGUGGCAAAGAUCAAGAAUUUUCUCUUUACAACUAAAAAUGUGGCCGAAGAUGGCACGAGUGGUUCCUGCUUUAAGAAUAAAUCUAAUGAGGAUUAGUCCUCAUUCUGCCUUGCCAAGCAGAAAUAGUGUUAGAUAUCUGCAAGAUGACAGCUGAACAUAUGACUUUUAACUUAUUAGAAGAAUCGUAAUGAGAUUUUUGGCUGCUCUCUUACUAUAGUUUCCCUGAAGAGGAAACUAACAUGGCUAUGCUGCUCUCUCCAGAAUGCGGGGAAUGUGGAAAUAAGAUCUCAUAGUAUGUUGGACUACCUCAAAUUGAUGCAUGCCAUUAUUGCGAAAUCAAGUGAUUGAGAUUUUGCAAACAGAAAAGUACUCUUGGUUAUAUUUUUCCCAUCCUUGUUAUGUGCUUCUUGUUUUUAAGUUUGUAUGUUGUAAGAAUGUCCAAAAAGCACUUCUACCUGGCACCGCAUGCCACAUUUGCUCUCAAGAUUAUUAAUCAAUUGUGGUAACGUUGUUGAA